CAGACAGAGCGCAGGCGGGUUUCGCAGCAGAGCGCGCGCUCCGAGGCACGGCGACCGUGCGGCGGCCAGCGCGAGCUCUCCGAGGAGGAGCGCAUGUGACGUGUUUGGCGGGAGCUGCGCGCCGUGUCGACGCCGGCCUCGAGGAAAUCAUCAUCAUGUCGCUCGGCUUGUGGGGGCUUUGCGUGGUGCUGCUGGAAGCGGGCAUGCUGGUGGCGGCGGCGGCGGCAGCGUCGGCGGACGAGGACUGGGUCGACCCCACGGACAUGCUGCGUUACGACGCCACGUCCAAAACCAUGAAGCGGGAGCGCGAGAGCGCGCAAGACGCGGCAAGUCAACGUACACACUGCGCCGCUUGGCACCCCGUACACUCACUGCCUCACAUUACUGCUUACCAACAAACGCUGUCCAAAGCGACUUGCAGUGUCGGUCUAUGACGUUUUACAACUGAACUGGAAGUCCUUAGUUACAGUGUCCAGGCUACUGCAGUAGGAGUGGGGGUGGAACCAGCAGCCAUCAGUAUACACACACACACACACACUCCAUGAUGCAGCACAUUAGGCUAUAGGGCAGGCACAUGCAGUACACAAAGUCCAUGCAGUGUAUCAUGGGCUGGUCCUGACUGACUGACCGACCGACCGCUGCGUUUACGCACCCCUCUCGGUGCUCCCUUUAAAGUCUGCCGUUCGGUUUUCGCCACUUUGUUCUCUUAUUAUCCAUCCGUUGAUCCAGUUUCAGUAACUGCUUGUCCUGAGCAGAGAGAGUCGCGGUGACCCGGAGCCUAUCCCGAGAGCGCUGGGCUCAGGGCCGAGCGGGGUACGCCCUGGACGGGAUGCCGGUCCGCUGCAGGGUAGCCAAACAAACACGCGGAGUCACUGGUCACGCACAGAAUGAGAGGAAACUGGAGCACCCGGAGAGCCACCCGCAUAAACACGGAGAGAGAGCAUGCAAACUCCACACAGACUCACAGGGAUCGAACCCACAUUCUCUUGUACCACCCAGGCAUAAUAAAUGUCAGUUAUUAUCAUGUAGUCGUGUUUUAAUUAUAUAUUAUUUUUUUAUUUACACGAAGAAAGGCAAAGUGCAAACAUAUGCAAGGGAUGAGACACUUGAGGAUGAGAAUUCUGCCAUGGAACACAACUGCCAUAAUAAGCUGAGCAUUUUACAGAAUGAGAUUGAGAAUUUAAAAUACAGAGUUAAUUAUUUACUGGAACAAGAAGGCUUAAACUUGGAUCCUGAAAGCAAACUGACCCAGCUUCUUCACAGCAUUCAGCAGCUCAAUACUCUGCAAGAAGAUGAUUCUUCUACUUUUCCCCUUGAAUGGCUUAUGGAAAAUAUUAUAAAAUCCAAAAGAUGCAUUUCGAUGUUGUUGCUCAUGGUUUAUACAUAUAUCAUGGAAUUAUCAGAUGUGCUGCACAAUUCUUCAGAUGUUGCACCCUGGCUGUUAUGUGCAGUCAUCACAUUCACGCUCACCUGUAUGCUUGUGAAGCACCUCAAGAAAACCAUGAAGCAGCAUGAACAGCCAAGAGAAAAUGACGGUCAGGGGGAUGAUGACUUUCCGAAUAGACAGCAUGAUGACUGGCAACCUGACAAUGAAGGACAGGAGGACCAUUACCACAGCCUGGAUAACCCCAUUAAUAUGCCUGCUGAGGUUCUGAACCCGGAAGGACUGGAUGAACAGAAUAAUGGAGCGGCAGAGCAGGUGCUGGCGGGCAUGGCAGAUGAGUGCUGUAAUGAGAACUUUGAGAUCACAAAGAUGCCCACGGCAGAGACUCAGCCGGCCUCGCAGUACUCUUCAUAGGCUGCAUCUGAUUUAAUGACUGAAGGCUCUAUUCCACUGUGAAAAUGCAGCAUUAUAGCAAAAGUGGAACUUGGAACAUUCAUAUUUCAGGUCAGGCUCCUAAGUGUUAUCUUGCCACAUUUUUUAUUUUAUACUGAUUCAAGUCAAGUUAUGGUUUUUUAUUCCAGCGCUGAAAUCAAGUUAACUGUGAUUUUCCUACAUUUUAACUUGUAUGUGUUGUACACGUACACUAAAAAUAUGGUGUCAGAAUUUUUGGUUAAU